AUGCUGCUGCUUCCCCUCUUUUCUUUAACUUCUCUCAUCAGCAGCGUCGAUGCAGAGUGUGGCCUCCGACCAUCUUACGAGUCCUUUCUGGAGACUGGCAAGAGGACCAUGGCGGGGAGAUAUGCCAAGGCUGGGGAGUUCCCGUGGCACGUGAGCAUCCAGAGCAACGGGAAACAUAUCUGUGGAGGCACCAUCAUCAGCGCGUUGUGGGUUUUAACUGCGGCCCAUUGCUUUGCAGAAGAGGUGCCACCAGACCUCACCGUUGUAGUGGGGGGAACCGACCUCAGCCUCCCGCUGGAAGAACAUAAACCCGACAGCUUGAUCCUCCACGAAAACUUCGAUGGAAUGAGCAUGGAAAAUGAUAUCGCUCUGAUCCUGCUCGGCUCUCCCAUUGAGUUCAGCAAUGAGAAAACCCCCAUCUGCUUGCCCUUCAUACGUGACAUCGAUACGUGGCAACAGUGCUGGGUUGCUGGGUGGGGAUCCACAAGUGGAGCAGUCACGGUGCCGGCAUCCCACGUGCUGCAGAAAGCGCGGAUGAAGCUCAUCAGCAGGGAGCAGUGCUUGGAGAGGAUCCCCGAGCUGGUGGAGAACGUGCUGUGUGCUGAGCUGGAGGAAGGAGAAAGAAGCACCUGCCAGGUGGACAGCGGGGGACCUCUGGUUUGCAGUUACUGGAACACCAUGAAGUGGUUUCAGGUCGGCAUCGUCAGCUGGGGAGAAGAUUGCGCAGAAAAGCCAAACCAUGAGAUCUUAGUGUCUGUUUACAGCUACCAUGGCUGGAUCGAGACAGAGACAGCCAUAAGGGGGAAACCUUUCUUCAUUGAAGGCAUGGAUAUCAGUGCAAAUGCCAGUGUGGUUCCUUCCAGGCUGGUUCCUUCUAGGGCUCAGACUCAGCUGGUGUUUCUUGAGUAUUCUCUCUUUUUAUUUAUUUUUUUAAUAGUAUUUAGAUUAGUCUAG